UUUGGUUCUUUUCUUCAAAACCCGAACUGCAACCAUAAAAAUAGUUAAAAUCAGCACAAUUUCAAACCCUUCAAUUGCAGACUCAAGAACCCCCAAAAUUAAUACUAAAAUGACAGUCCAAAAAUUUCUCAAAACCCUAAAAACUGUAAAAAGAACCCAUCUUUCAAAACCCUAUCAAAAAGAAUUACCAUACUCCAUUUCUAAAACCCUAAUUUCCCCUUCUUCCACAAUUCUCUCAGAUCUCAACCCAUCAAAAUUCCAUCAAAUUAUAUCCAACCCACGUCACAAUCCCUUACAAUGCUUACAUUUCUACAAUUUUUUCAUAAAAAAUCAAUCUCUGACCUCAUUUGAACCUGAUCUCCAAACCCAUUUGACUCUAAUUUCUAGGCUUAUAGAGGCUCAAAAGUUCUCUGAUGUAGAGAAACUUUUAAAAUAUUUGUUGAUUGAUGAAUUUAACAGGUACCCAUUUCCAUUUUUAGCUUCUACUAUUGAGAAUUGCUGCUGUUUCGAGCUAGAUGUUGUAGCAAAGCUGUUUAAUUUAAUGCUCAAUGUUUAUUCUGAUAAUGGCAAGUUUGAUUUAGUUAUUAAGACUUUUGAUCACAUGAAGAAUAAUGAAAUUCAGAUUGAUGAGAGGACAUGUACUAUGCAUUUGCUUCAACUUAAGAAAAAUGAUCAGAUAAGUUUAAGUCUUGAGUUUUUUAAUCAAAUGGUCGAGUCGGGUAUUGAAAUUUCGGUGUAUUCGCUAACAAUUGUGGUUGAUGGGUUGUGUAAGAGAGGAGAGAUUAAGAGAUGUAGAAGAUUGGUGGAGAAAAUGGCAAUAAAAGGGAUUAAACCGAAUAUCGUAACGUAUAAUGUAAUGAUAAAUACUUGUACGAAAAGAUGGAAUUUUGAGGAAUUAGAUUGUUUGUUAGUUUUGAUGGAAAAGGAAGGAGUGGAAUUUAAUGCAAACACAUUUAAAUUCUUGAUUGAUGGGUACACGAGCUUCGGAAAAAUUCAAGAAGCAGAGGAAUUGGUGUCAAAAAUGCAUGAUAUGAAUAUGAAAGCAGAUAGCUACAUGUAUUAUCUGAUAAUCAAUGGAUAUUGUAAACUAGGGUUUAUAGAUAGAGCACUUCUGCUGUUUGAUAAGAUGAUCAAUAGAGGUAUUAGCUCCAAUGUCGACACGUCUUGGGCGUUGAUAAAUGGAAUCUGCAAAGCUGGAAUGAUGGAGGUCGCUAUGGUAUAUGUAAGUAAAAUUCAGAGCAGAGGAUUUGAGCUAGACCAGGCUAUGUUUAAUGAAUUAGUUGAUGGAUUUUGUAAUAAAGGAAUGAUUGAUGAAGCUUUUGAAUUGCAAAUAGAGAUGGCGAGUAGAGGUUUUGAUGCUGAUGUAUGCAAAUGUUGCAAAAUAAUUGGUGGGUUAUUGAAGUUUAAGCGAUUUGAUGCGGCGAAAGAGUUGGUGAGCGUAGUGGUUAGCAGAGAUGGUAGCUCUAACAAGUUGAUUAUGAUUGAUGUGGAUGGAAAUCUGGUCUGAAAUUACACAAAUGCUGCUGAACUAUGUACCAUGGACUGGAUACGGAGAAACGGACACCAAGAAACGAUGUUAUUUGAAGGUUUUCUAUAUUACAAAAGAAGUUUUGUGUCCGAAACACCAAAUUUUCGACACAUUUCCGAAACGAGUAACGUUGAUUGAGUGAAGUGCCCGUGCUACUUAGCUGCUGAAACGGACAAUGAAAGUGAUGGAAAUGAGGGAUAAUUAGGCUUGAUUCUUGAAACCUUGAUCAGCCUGCAAUACAAUUAAGCCAAGUUUGAUUCAGAGGUUGGCAGAAGUUGAGAGUGGAUCACAUGGGUGAAAAAAAAUGAAGCUGCUGGAAGAUUUGUUAUCGAUCCCUGGUAGGGGUGUGCAAAAUCCGAACUAAACUGGCAAUCCGGUUAGAUUUGGAAAUAAAGCAAAGUUUUGAUUCAGUUCGAACCAAAUCCACAGCUGUAGCUGUUGGAGUCAUAUAGCAGGAGCUGAACCAAAACAGGUUCAAAGAAAGAAAUUUGGCAGGGAUGGCAAGUCAUUCGGAUUUUCCUGCUGUUGCAUUGUAUAGGUUUCGUGAGAAAAAUGCUCAAGUGAAGCUCAAAACAUAUAAUGAUAUGAAAUGUAACUGUCGAUGUUCAUGAAGGGUGAAAGAAUGUGAAAUUUGAGAACUCCAAUGACAGCUUAGUCAAGGAUGUGUUCAACUGGUUAUCUUGGUGGUGAAAUAUGUUGCACGGAAGUUUAUCGAGUCUUGUAUUUCAGUAUUUUUUACUUUCCAGAAUGGUUUUCGCUGUUUUUCAUUUUAGCAUUUUCUGUUUCAAAAUUCCCGGGCAACGUACAUGUUCUUUUUUAGAAUGGGCUGGCUUGAUGAUUUGUGUAAUCUGCUUCGGUUGCUAGAUACCAAUAGACACUUGUUUUUCUAUAA